CGCUAGAUACAACCAGCGAAUCUGACCCUGUUGAUCUGGAGAAUUUGUAUAUAACACAAUGGUCCCCAUUUUUGAAUACCAAUGGAGCAAAGAGGUCGGGAAGAAAGAGACUAAAAAGGGGUAGGAAAGGCCGAGCGGAGUGGUGGAGAGCGAGGGAGGACAUGGAGGGAGGUAGUCAAAGGGUUGUUAUACCUAUUCGAUUCAAGGAUGACGGAGUAUGGUCCUCGAAUUUGCCGAGCAUACUGACGAAGUACGAUAAGAAGGGUAUACGUACCUUCCCGAUAGAAGCUAAUGGGGGUAACACGUGGUUUCCCAGGUGGCAGAAGGUUAGGAAGGCCUUUGGAGAAUCAACAGUAAAAAUUGGAGGAUGGACGGGAGUUUUAAAGGAACUCAAAGUGGAACUUGAACAGGGUGGUCUGCUUGAAGUGGUACAUCUGCGAGCAUGGAAACCGCAAGGUAAUAAGUUAAAGCAAAUACUGAUAGGGAUCAUGAGAAACCCGGGGAAGCUGGCAAGUAUCUACGAAUGGGACCUUAAAGUUGUAAUAAGACUGUACAACGUGGUUAGAGAUUUCGGUAAGAAGUCUACUCGCAAGUAUAUGAGGCGCCAAGUGUCAAGGAUAGUCAGGGAAGGAUUGGUGGUGAAGACUAAGUACGAUGCUAGAGUUAAGCUAGUCGAAUUGCACAAGGUGGUCAACGACUGUAUCACGACAUGUGAGUUGCCUGAGUGUUUUAGGAAUCGAGCACGGAGGAAGGUUCGCAUAGUCCAGACGAAGAAUCUGGCAGUUAAGGACCUGUUGCACAACCAACGAGCCUAUGCGGCUCAGAAGGUGUUGAUCUGUACUUGUGCAGAUUUGCCCUACCCCCGGGAGGGAGGGCACGUGCGAUUCCGAUUCAGUAAAGGCGAGGAUAGGCAUGUUCGCAUGGGGAAUGCCAACGACAUUCCACGGGCGACUGUAGCGGACCGUGCAAAGUUGUUGAAGCAUGAGGUGGAAGAUAGCUUUGCUAAUUGGUAUAAUUUUCGUGGUAAUAUUUCGAAAGUUAGUAGAGAACGGUUGGUCGCAUGUAUCUCAAGUCCGGAGGAUAACGAGGACAGGAUUAGUGUUAUGGAGGUUGCAAGUGUGAAGAGGGAAUUGACAGGGUUCGUCAUAACACCGUUGGAUAAAAAUCCAGAAGAAACAGUGGCGAUAUGCCCAGCGGUCUAUCACAAGGCGAUGAUGGAUACCUUUGCCAACAAUCCAGGUUAUCGUGUGAUGACUAGUACGAAAGGAGUGAUUCUUAGGGAAAUCAGAGAAGAUGUGGAGAAAGAGGGACUGAAACAUUUUGUGAGAUGGGACAAGAAAGGGGAAUUUGGCAAGACCUAUGUGCUUCCAAAGCACAAGGACCUCGACAGAUAUUGCCCAAUCUGUCCUGCAUUUAAUGAUCCCAUGGUGAAAACAUUAAGAUUGGUGGCGAAGGCUCUUAACCACCUCCUAUUCACUUUGCCAAAGGACUGGCACUUCAACAUGCAAGCAGUAGAGCACAUGGUUGGACGCUUAGCUCGAAUCAACAAGAAGUUGAAAGGGACUCGGAGUGAGGGAUCGGUGGAAGCAAUGCCAUUUGAUAUUAAGGAAAUGUUCAGUAAAUUGCCUCACGAAAAAAUCAGGGGAGUUGUGGAUUGGAUUGUGGAGUAUCACAAGAAGAAGGGCAGACGUUCAAUUAUGGUGAAUCCGAGAGGGAAGGGGAGUACGUCUGGGAGGACGACGGGGAAAGACUGCAGGAGAGAGCUUAGUCUGGACGAUUUAAGGAAAUUUGUUGCGCUGGAACUGCAGCACACUUAUACGAAAGCUACAGGAGUACUGCUAAGGCAGGACGUGGGAAUCCCGAUGGGAAAAAACACAAGCCCACCCCUAGCAUGCAUUCUCUAUGCAUAUGCAGAGUAUACCUUCAUCGUAAGCCUGGGCAGAUGGCGAAACCAGGUUUUCGAUAUACGUCUCAUGGGCGACGUGGAGUGGAUCUUGGGGGCUAUCCCUCAAGAAAGUAAGGCGGAUAUCGUAAAAAGGUUCAAAGAAUGUUACCCGGAUAAUCUCGUGCUCAAGUGGACCAAUGAUGGAUGUGGGAAUUUUGAAUUUCUGGGAUGUGAGAUCAAGGUGUCUGGAUGCCUCCCAUGCGUGGGUAGUAUCCAACAAUCUAAGGACGAACAGAGUCUGUGGGCAGAAGAGAAGAUUGUCUUCCAGAACGGACAAACAUUCAGAUCAUGGAGCUAAAAAAAACAGAAGAGUUCAAUCAUCGGAAGUUACUUACAUCGGAUAGAUAAGAAUACCACAAUUCCUUCAACUAUCCCUAUACGUGCUUUGACCGUG